UAUGUACUCACCAAAAAGCCCAACAUACGACAGACACAAAAGUCGGCGAAGACUGACCGGAAGACUGAAGAUCUUAAGUAUCUAACAAAUUGGCGCCAAUCUUCUUCGUAUUCGAUACAUAUACUUCUAUUAAACUUUCUAACCCAUUUCCUCUCAGAAAAUCUCGAGUGUUUUUGCACCCUCUCUUUCUCUCUCCUGAGGCUCCCGUAACAGUGUAACAAUGGCGGACGGCCAUCUCUUCAACAACAUCUCUCUUGGCGGUCGUGGAGGCACUAAGCAAGGGCAGAUGAGAGUUCAUUCAGGUGGCGUUCUUUGGAAAAAGCUUGAUGGAGGAAAAGCUGUUGAGGUUGAUAAGACUAAUAUCGCUGGAUUAUUCUGGAUGAAAGUGCAAAGAUCAAAUCAACUUGGAGUUAGAAGUAAAGAAGGGUUGUAUUAUAAGUUUACAGGUUUUCGGGAUCAGGAUGUUGCCACAUUGACCAGUUUUUUCAAAAGCAGCUAUGUAAUUACCCCAGGAGAGAAACAACUGUCUGUUAGUGGGCAUAAUUGGGGAGAUGUUGACUUCAAUGGUAAUAUGCUGGCUUUUAUGGUUGGCUCAAAACAAGCCUUUGAGGUAUCUUUAGCUGAUGUCUCACAAACUCAGAUGCAAGGAAAAAAUGAUGUUUUAUUGGAGUUCCAUGUGGAUGAUACCACUGGUGCCAACGAGAAAGAUUCUCUUAUGGAGAUCAGUUUUCACAUACCAAAUUCCAACACCCAUUUUGUUGGUGAUGAAAAUCGUCCUUCUGCUCAAGUUUUCCAUGACAAGAUCAUGUCAAUGGCUGAUGUAGAUGCAGAAGAGGCUGUUGUCACAUUUGAUGGUAUUGCUGUCCUUACUCCUAGGGGUCGGUAUAGUAUUGAACUUCAUCUUACGUUUUUACGUCUCCAAGGACAAGCAAAUGAUUUUAAAAUCCAGUAUAGCAGUGUUGUUCGUCUUUUCUGUCUUCCCAAGUCAAACCAACCACAUACAUUUGUUGUUAUCACUCUAGAUCCUCCAAUUCGUAAAGGGCAAACGCUGUACCCACAUAUCGUGAUGCAGUUUGAGAUCGAUUAUGUGGUUGAAAGCACCCUCUCCAUUAGUGACGAACUCUUAAAUACCAAGUACAAAGAUAAGUUGGAACCUUCGUACAAGGGUCUCAUUCAUGAUGUUUUUACAAACGUAUUGCGUGCCCUGUCUAGUGCCAAGGUCACUAGGCCUGGAAAAUUCCGCAGUUGCCAAGAUGGCUAUGCUGUCAAGUCAUCACUUAAAGCUGAAGACGGAAUUUUGUACCCGCUUGAAAAGAGUUUCUUCUUCUUACCCAAGCCUCCAACCCUUAUUCUUCAUGAAGAGAUUGAUUAUCUGGAGUUCCAAAGGCACGUUGUUGCGGGAUCAAAUAUGCAUUAUUUUGAUCUUCUGGUAAAGCUGAAGACAGAUCAAGAACAUCUCUUUCGGAAUAUCCAGAGGAGUGAAUACCAUAAUUUGUUUGAUUUCAUCAGCUCCAAGGGCUUGAAAAUUAUGAAUAUAGGAGAUGGUGCCAAUCAACCUUCAAGCCCCAUUGCAGCUCUUAGCAGUGAUGAUGAUAAUGUCGAUCCUCAUUUGAAUCGUAUCAGGGAUGCACAAGACGAGAGUGAUGAAGAGGAUGAAGAUUUUGUUGCCGACAAGGAUGAUGGUGGGUCUCCUACCGAUGACUCUGAAGAAGAUCAUUCUGAUGCUAGUGCUAGUGGUGAUGAUGAAGAGAGGCCUCCCAAGAAAGAAAAGAAAGAGUUGACAUCAUCAAAAGCUUCUAGCAAGAAGAAAUCUAAGGAUGGAGAUGAAGAAGGCUCAAGGAAGAGAAAACAGAAGAAGAAAAAAGAUCCAAAUGCACCGAAGAAAGCAAUGUCUGGUUUUAUGUUUUUCUCGCAAGCUGAGCGAGAGAAUACAAAGAAAGAAAACCCAGGUAUAAUGUUUACAGAUAUAGCAAAGGUUCUAGGGGAGAAAUGGAGAAACAUGUCAGCUGAGGAAAAAGAACCCUAUGAAGCAAAAGCUCGUGCUGAUAAGAAGCGGUACAAUAAUCAAAUUGGUGACUACAAGAAUCCACAAUCUGCAAAUUUGGACUCAGAAAACGAAUCCGACAGUAAUUAAUUUAAUCAAAUCUUGCGUUGUAUGUUGUAUCAAGUAUGGACAAAAUUCGUACAAUGACGUUCUGUAGGUAAUCUUUUUGUACAAGGCAAGUAACUGUUUGCCAAUUACCAACAAAUUUUCGAUGAGCCUGAGUACUAGCUUGCAUAAGACAGGUGUUUUCUGCAUUAUGGUGCUUUGGAUAGGCCUCUACCAGUAGCUUUUAUGGUUUCACCUAGCUGAAUUGUAAUCUGAUCAACCCAAAAGCCUGACUCAGAGCCAGAGGCCUACAUAUUGGGCUUCUAAUUUGAAACGUGGAAACAAUAAUUGAG